CACACACACCGAACACACACACACACACACCGAACACACACACACACACACCGAACACACACACACACAACACACAUGUCAACGAUAUAUAAACAGUAUAACCUCCGGUAUUUCGAGAUGCUUGGAAUAAAUCAGUAGAAAUGUCAAUACAGCAGCCACAGUUGCUCACAAUUUUCGAUCCAGCAACAUAAAUCUCAUCGGUUGCAUCAAGUAUCGGCAAUAUUUCCCGGCCAAAUAUGGAACUUAUGCGAAAUAUUAUUGGCCACAAACUGAGACGGUCGCUUCUGAAAGCGCCUGCAACACGCCUGCAACAUGCGCGAUAUGUCAGAUUGGCAGAAGUUGGUAAAUUGGAAACACCAAAGUUACAGGGAAAGUACGAGGCAGGUCAAAUGAUAUUUCACAGGAUCUUCAGUUAUCGAGGUGUGAUUCUAUUUCCAUGGUUGGCAAGAGUAUAUGACAGAGAUAUAUCCAACAAAAAGGAUGAAAAGAAUAAUUCCAACAAUGUUGACGACAAGGAUGUGAAAGGCAGAACACAUACAUUCUAUCAAGUUUUAAUUGAUCAACGUGAUUGUCCUUACAUACGUGCCCAAACAGAGGCAGUAACUUUUCUGGGCAAUCAUGAGAGUAGUCGCAGCUUAUAUGCUAUUCCUGGAUUAGAUUAUGUUGCUCAUGAAGAUGUAUUACCAUACACUACAAAUGAAAAAGUGGCACUACAACAUGAAUUGUUUGAUAAAUUUCUAAUUUAUCAUCCGGGUAAAGAACCAUGUUUUGUACCACAAGAAACUCUUCGAGCAUGGCAGAAAAAAAAUCAUCCAUGGCUUGAGUUGUCGGAUGUACAUAAAGAAACGACUGAAAAUAUUCGAGUUACUGUUAUACCAUUUUAUAUGGGUUGCAGGGAGAGCCAGGCCACUACUGUAUACUGGUGGCGUUAUUGUAUCCGACUAGAAAACUUAGGUGAAUUAAGUGUGCAGUUGCGUGAAAGGCAUUGGAGAAUAUUUAGCUUAUCAGGUACAUUAGAAACUGUUAGAGGAAGAGGUGUAGUGGGCCAAGAGCCUGUGCUAUCGAAAGCUUUGCCCGCUUUUCAAUAUAGCAGUCAUGUGAGUUUGCAAGCUCCGAGUGGUCACAUGUGGGGAACAUUUAGGAUGGAAAGAGAAGAUGGAUAUGCGUUUGAUUGUAGAAUACCACCAUUCUCUUUAGAAUCAAAAGCGGAAGAAUCAUCCACGCCUAAUGUAGAAAUUUAAUUUUUCAGAAGAAAACAGAAUGAAAUAAUUGUAAGCAAUGACUAGCUAGUUAAACAUAUAACAAUUGUUAGAUGGUGAUACUAUAGUUUCAAGUAUAAUCAGUGAAUGGAUAAACUUGACUAAGUGUAAAUUUUGUGAUAACUUUUGAAACCAGUUUCCACAAACCAAAUUUAAUAAAAUUAUAGUACAUAUUUUCUUUCAAAA